UGGAAUCUGAACGACAUCAGCAUAGCACAGUCAACGACGAUCCUGGCCAUCAGUCGCAACAAGUGCCUAAUAACCGGCCGUUAUUGUACGAUUGUUUCAAAAUGGCCAUUGCCAAUAGUAAUAACUCGGCCAGCGUGUUUGCCAUUCUUCCUUUAUUUUAUGUUAUUAUACUGUUAUUAUCCCUGGCAGGUGAAACUCAUCAAAAAGCUCCGGUUCAAUGCGGACGGCCGAAUUUGCUGUUCAACGAGUUCCCGUGGGUGGCUCACCUCCUCGUUCAAAAUCCCAGCGGGAAAUAUUUCACCUGCGGUGGGACGCUAAUCAGCGACCAGCACAUCCUCACGGCCGCCCAUUGCAUCGUCGAGGACGGCACCGACAGACUUUUCAGCCUCAUCAACAUCACCCUGGGCUCCCGUGACGUCAGUCCCGGCAGCAGCGACCGCGCCCAUCACCAAAUCCACAACUGGAAAGUUCUGGCCGUCCCGGAAAUUACCGCCAACCUACUGGAACACGACAUUGCCGUCAUUUUACUAUCGAAACCCGCCAUUCUUAACGAUUACGUCCAGCCGGCCUGUCUGCCGUUCGCUCACGAUCCCGAUCAAGUCAACGAUUCCGUCGUCUUCACCGGAUGGGGCCAAUCAACCGGAACUCACCAGUGUUGCCUAAGGGAAUCCAGUCCCGUUUUGCGUCGAGUCAACACGACCGUCAUCUCCUCGUUCGGGAGCGACGGCCAUUGCCAAAAGUUGGCCGGAGUUGGGCCCUUCUCCGGCGACAGUGUCAUCUGCACCGAUGGAUCUCACAAUCGUCGCUUCUGUUACGGCGACGAUGGUGGGCCGUUGAAUUAUUACAACCCGAAAUUGGACAGGUGGUUCGUCGUCGGAGUGGCCGGAAGAGCCAAUUCCGGAAGCUGCAGGAUGAAAACCAACAAGCGGAUGAACGAUAAUAAAAGGCCGAACCUUCUGACCCGCGUCCGCAGUCAACUGGAUUUUAUCCGCGACCAUUCGGGCGUGGUUCCGCCCAGCAAAUUGGCCGAUUUCAAAUCUCCCGCCACUACCAAUAAAAUGAGGAAGAAUCGGAUGAGGCAAUUCCCGACGUUAUUACCUGAGACUUACACGACGAAAUCAACAGCGUUGAAAACGACCAUCAGUUGGCCGACGAAAACCCAUGACGUGAUGCCGUUGCACGAAAUGGGCGAAUUCAGUUGCCUGGGCAAAUCGUCUGGAAAUUACCCGACGGCUAGUUGCUCGCCGAAUUUCUUCAUGUGCUCCCAAUACAAUUACCACACCUUCACGUGCUCUAACGGAUUGGUUUACCGGCCGAGUAUCAACGCCUGCGAUUGGCCUUCCAACGUCCCCGGAUGCAACACCAAUUAAUUCUAAUAUUAAUAUUAAUCAACAAAUUUUAUUAUUUUAUUCUUUUUUCUGAUGUAAUUUCUUGAUAUGAAAAAUACAGAAAUUUUAUUAUUUUC